GUCUACGAGGAGAAAGGAAGGUGGGAGGAUGGCAAAAUAUUGGACACUCUAAAUUCUCUCAAGUAUUCCGAUAGGAAUCUUAUCCAACUCAUGAUCAGUGAGUGUCCGCAUAUCCGUAGCAGCCCGGAACGGGGCAACUACUUCCUACGCUUCAGUUCGAAGGUGAUUGGGUCUUUGACGGCGCUUGCCCACCCUCAUACCAUGAAUGAUCUCAAAAUUCCAAAGAAGCACUUUGGUAGCAGAGUCUAUGUUGGCAUGAAAUGA